AUGGUCCAUCGCUGGUUUUGCAGCACUAGUAGCUAGGCGAACAAAAAAAAGCAGAUGAAGGAAUUUCGUGUUUUAGAAUUAUUCAGUGGAGUUGGUGGCAUGCAUUAUGCAUUUAACUACACCAAGUUGCAAGGGGAAGUCGUUGCGGCAAUGGAUGUUAACACAGUUGCAAAUAAAGUUUAUGCCCACAAUUACAAAAAUCCCAAAUAUUUGAAAACCCGGAAUAUUCAAAGCUUAAGUGAAAAGGAAGUUAAUAAACUGAAUGCCAAUAUGCUGUUAAUGUCACCGCCAUGCCAACCACACACUCGCCAAGGAUUACAACGCGAUACCGAAGAUAAGCGCUCCUCUGCCUUAAACCAAUUAUGCUCCCUACUGCCAAAAUGCGAAACCAUAAAGUACAUUCUCAUGGAAAAUGUCAAAGGUUUUGAAUGUUCACAGGCUCGCCAACAGUUUAUUGAGGCUUUGCAGCAGGCCAAAUUUUACUGGAGAGAGUUUAUAUUAACACCCACCCAAUUUCAAGUUCCCAAUACUCGUUAUCGCUACUAUUGUUUAGCACGAAAGGACAAGGAUUUUGAUUUUCCUUCGGGAAAGAUAUGGGAGCAAAUGCCUGGGCAAGCGCCUCACCCUACCAAUGAAAUGGACACAAUCUCCUCUCUGCUCGAGCCAAGUAUUUCAACCUCCGAGUUUUUAGUGCCUGAUGACGUCUUAAAACGAGUCCUGGUCAUGGAUAUCGUAAAUUCUGAUCAAAACCGUUCAAUGUGUUUUACCAAAGGAUAUACUCACUAUACAGAGGGUACGGGCUCAACUUUUACUCCACUUGUGCGGGAUGAAUCGGAUCGGCUGUUUGAAAUUGUAAAAGAAAUUGAUAAUGACCCAAAUAGAACCAAUUGGGAACGAUUGGACGUUUUGAGACAACUUAAAUUGCGAUACUUCACCCCACGAGAAGUUGCUCGCUUGAUGAAAUUCCCAGAAUAUUUUGAUUUUCCUCCAGAUAUAACAAACCGACAAAAAUAUCGUUUACUUGGCAAUAGCAUUAAUGUCAAGGUUGUGGGUGAAUUAAUUAAAUUAUUGACCACAUAAUCAUGUCUUCUUUGAUUUUAUG